UCGUCUUCCAUCUAAUCAUCCUUAUGAUGCUAUUUUAGCAUUUUGGAUAGACGAGGUAGCGGAUGACGAGAAAAUGAGCCUGAAAAGAAAGGCUACCGGGGAACUCCCUAGCCCUAAAAGGUUGCAGGGGCUGCCAACGCUUAACGAUGAUGACGACCCGAUUUAUCAGGAAAAGCACUCUGACGCCGAGUAUGCGUUAUCGGAUAGUGACAGUGAAGUGGAGGACAGUCUUCAUGAAACUCCAGCAACACCUAUGUCCACAACAUCGUCCAGAUACCCAUCCGAACUGAAAACUCACCACUGCCCCUUCGACGGUUGUACCAAGGCAUUUAACCGUCCAGCACGCCUUCAAGAGCAUCUACGCUCCCACAACAACGAGCGCCUCUUCCAGUGUCCCCAUGACGGCUGCGACAAAAGCUUCCUUCGAGCGUCACAUUUGAACCAUCAUGUGAAAAGUGCUCACACAGGGGUUCGAGACUACGUCUGCGAUCGCCCUAGCUGCGGAAAGAGUUUUGUGACCGGCUCGCGUCUCCGACGACAUCUGGCUGCGCACGAUGGCCGGGACAAGUAUCGGUGCACGGAAUAUCCGCCUUGCGACGAGACUUUCCGAAAACACACGACCCUGCAGAAGCAUAUCCUGAGCGUCCACCUACACCAGAAGCCCUUCCCGUGUACGCACGUUGACCCAACCACGGGCCAACAAUGUUCCAUGGCAUUCGAUACGGCUGGACAUCUCCGCGCGCACGAAAGCCGGGUUCACACCGAGAAACGCUUUACUUGCGCCGAAUGUGCUCAACGAGCGGAUAAUGAACAGACUGCCACUAGCACCACGAGCUCCCCUGCAACGACAACGCCCACAACCGCAGCAACGUUCCCAACGUACGCCCUCCUCCAAGCCCACAUCCGCGCCGCCCAUCCACCGCAAUGCCCCCAUUGCCCGCUCACCUGCUCCACGACACGCGAGCUCCGCCGCCACCUUGAGGUUGCUCACGGCAACGUUCCCCUCUCGGACCGCAAGGUCUUCCCCUGCACCGUCCCCGGCUGUGACAGCAGCUUCACCAAGAAGGGCAACCUGACCGUGCACGUCCGUACCGUGCAUCAAGGCGAGAAACGAUUCGUCUGCGGCGAAACCGACCUCUCCGCUUCGAAGCGCGUCGCCGGCUGGCCCGGCGGCGCCGCUCACGGCUGCGGCAAGCGCUACGGGAGCAAACUAGCCCUCGAGGAACACAUUCGCACGGCGCACAUGGGGUUUCCGAACGCCAAGGCAGAACGGCGCCGCCGGUUAGGCUUGGCACCGAAGACGACCAUUGGCACGGCAGGGGCGGGACCGUCGGCGUUGGCGGCACUAACGGGCGCGGGCUACGCCGAGGAAACGGGACGCCAGAUUCCAUGCUUAGAGGGAGGAUGCGCGCAUCGCUUUCACCGGAACUACGAUCUCUGGGUGCAUAUGGGAAGCAAGCACGGAUGCUCGGAAGAUGAAAUCCGGGAUCUGUUCAUGCAGCGAGCCCUAUUGGCGGAUAAUGGCGAGCGACAGUCUACCACCAGUGAUGCUGCGGCGGCGGCCAUGAUGGGAGAUUUGUUUGGGUUAUAUGGGCUGGAGUUUGACAACGACGAUGAAGGGCCCGGGUAUGAGCCGUACAAUCCCAACGGCAAACCGGUUGCUGCAGGCCCGGUGGUCCAGUAUGAUGGUGGCAGCGGCGGCGCUUACUCGACGGGAGAAUUUCUCCCUCAUGACGACAUGAUGCACGAUAUUGAUACCAAGAUACCCAGUGCGGCGAAUCCCACAGUUGAUGAUUUGGCGAUGAUUGACCCUUUACUGGAAUUUAAUAGCAUGGCGGGAUAAAAACAAAAGUGCUUUUUUUCGGGUUUGGACUGAUCUAGAUAACUAUUUCGGGUGUUUUCUUUAUGUAACUUAUGAAAGUGGGAACUAGCUAUGAUCGAUACUUCCAUAUUG